UGGGGCUGGAGGGGGGGGACGCCGAGCUGGUGAGUUUUCGAGUUGGUUGUGCUGUGCUCUGUGAGGUGACACCCAGAGACCCUUGACCCGGGGUCACUCAGUUGCCUUCCUCGUCCUGUCUGCUUGUAGGACCCGGUGCUGUCUCUUUAUCCAUACUUAAGUGACACAAAAUGCCCUUCAAUGGUGAGAAGCAGUGUGUGGGAGAGGACCAGACGAGCGAUUCAGACUCUUCACGGUUUUCCGAAAGCAUGGCUUCACUCAGUGACUAUGAGUGUUCCAGGCAGAGCUUCACAAGCAACUCCUCCAGCAAAUCCAGCUCUCCUGCUUCAACAAGCCCUCCCAGGGUUGUAACAUUUGAUGAAGUGAUGGCUGCAGCAAGGAACUUAUCAAACAUGACUCUUGCUCAUGAAAUUGCUGUAAAUGAGAACUUUCAAUUGAAACAAGAUGCCCUCCCAGACAACAGUUUGGCUGGUCGAGUGAAGCACAUUGUUCACCAGGCCUUCUGGGAUGUCUUGGAAUCAGAACUAAAUGCUGACCCUCCUGAGUAUGAACAUGCCAUCAAACUGUUUGAAGAAAUAAGAGAGAUUCUUCUCUCUUUUUUGAUUCCCUGUGGCAACCGGCUUCGCAACCAGAUUUGUGAAGUUUUGGACACAGACCUCAUUAGGCAGCAGGCUGAGCACAGUGCUGUUGACAUCCAAGGCCUGGCCAACUAUGUCAUCAGUACGAUGGGAAAGCUGUGUGCUCCGGUGAGAGAUAAUGAUAUCAGAGAGUUAAAGGCUACUGGGAACAUCGUGGAGGUGCUGAGACAAAUAUUCCAUGUCCUGGACCUCAUGAAAAUGGACAUGGCCAAUUUUACAAUUAGGAGUCUUAGACCACACCUUCAACGCCAGUUGGUAGAAUACGAGAGAACCAAGUUCCAGGAAAUUUUAGAAGAAACUCCAAUAACAGAAACUCUAGCUGACUUAGCCAAAAAGGAAGUGAAUAAUGGAAGGAUGAAGGCAGCUCACAGAAUUGAAGGAAAAGCUAAACUGUCAAACCAGGAGAGUGUCAGGAAUCUGGGCAGGAAAGACCAAGGGCAAGGUGCUCUUGAUCAAACUACAGAAUGGAUAAAAGAAUCUGUAAAUGAAGAAUUACUUUCUCUUUCUGAGACUGCUUUAACUCCUGGGGUGGAAAAUAGUUCCAAGCCAACCCUGAGCCCUACAUUGGUGCUAAAUAACAGUUACUUGAAACUGUUACAGUGGGAUUAUCAGAAAAAAGAAUUACCAGAGACACUCAUGACAGAUGGAGCACGUCUUCAGGAACUGACAGAAAAGCUGAAUCAAUUGAAAAUUAUUGCCUGCCUGUCCCUAAUUACCAACAACAUGGUGGGUGCUAUUACAGAAGGUCUGCCUGAGCUUGCUAACAGGUUAAAAAGGAUUUCAGCUGUUCUACUUGAAGGCAUGAACAAAGAGACCUUUAACUUGAAGGAAGUCCUGAAUUCUAUUGGUGUUCAGACUUGUAUUGAGGUUAACAAGGCCCUGAUGGAAAGAGGUUUACCCACUUUAAAUUCUGAGAUUCAAGCUAAUCUUGUAGGUCAAUUUUCAAGUAUUGAAGAGGAGGACAAUCCUAUCUGGUCCUUGAUUGAUAAACGAAUUCAACUAUACAUGAAAAGCCUACUUUGUCUUCCAAUCCCUCAAAAAUGCAUGCCUCCCAUGCCAGGAGGCCUUGCUGUCAUCCAGCAGGAGCUAGAAGCCCUAGGCUCUCAAUAUGCAAACAUUGUGAAUCUCAACAAACAAGUGUAUGGACCAUUUUAUGCAAAUAUACUUCGAAAGCUGCUCUUCAGGGAGGAAACCAUGGGGAAACUAGAUGCUUCGCCUCCUACUAACUAAAGUGGAACUGACAUUGGAUAAGAGAUUGGAAAUCCAACACUUUGGUACCCAGUCCAUUUCCACUGAUGGCAUUAUAGACACGGCACAUUCUCAGUACUGGCCGUGGUGCAGUGUUAGCCCAAAUGUGUGUAAUCUGGUAAUAUUAGCAUUACAGAAGACACACUGCAUAGACUAGAACUAGAUCCUAUUUGUGCAUUAUUUUCAAGUUUAAAAUAGAUGUUUGUAAUGAACAGAAAGCAAUUUGUAAUUAAUUAUAUUACCUAUAUAAUACUUGUAAAUGUUUUCUUAAGCAUUUAUAUUUAGCUUAUUCAUGCAAGCUAUAAGGAGUUGUUUUUCUUACUUGUCAUUAUCAAAUCUAAGGAUUUUUAAUUUUGGUACAACUUCUUAAAGGGUUGAAAAUUGUGAGAAUAACCAAGGGAAUUGAUGUUCUGAAUAAAUGAUGUGAAGUAAACAUAAGUUACAUUUUAUUAAUGUGUAAUAGAAACUUACAUAGUAAAUCUUCAAAUUCCACAAAUGUACCAAAUCACAUUUAUAAUGCCAAUUGUCAGUAUUUAGAUUUUAAAUUUAUUAAGUACAUUUGAAUGCUAUAUACAAAUUUUAGAUAAAACCUUUGUUUAGUGAAAAUAGAAACAAAUCCCUUCUAAAAUUUUAUUCUAGAGGUUGGCUUCUUUUUACAAAUUAACCUGCUCUCUGGAGAAACCCAAUUUUUGCACAAAUCUCUUAGUGAAUGUCCUUGCAUUUCUCAGGCCACUGAUAAGGUUUGUAUAAAAUUUUAAUAUUUUUAUGUAAGGCAGGACUGGUUUGAAUUGGUUUACUUGUAAGAAGGAGAAGGGAAGUUAACAAUAAAAUAAAAUCCCAUUCUCCAUGAAGUUCACAUCUAAGAAAGAAACAUUUGAACUUUUAUCUUCUUACCUAUGUAACUUAACUAACAGAUGUCUUUUGUGCUGAUUAAAUCCUUACCAUGUUGUGACCAAGAUGGCCUUCUAAGUAUCAUUAUCAUUUGCCAUUCUUGGCACUAAAGCAAACCUUGGAAGCCUGGGCACUAGUUGUCAUUGGGACUUUAGAGAAAUCUGCUUAUCCUGGAAUUACAUACUCCUUUUUGGAGUGUUGAGGGAAGCACUACAGUUGAGGUCACUCUGUCUAAAAAGUGCUUUGUAUAAAAUACAUUUUUUAUUAUUUCUAAGGACUCAAUGGAACCUUAGUAAUUUAUUGAGGAAGAGUAGGUAGGAGUAUUCCUUUCUUCCUCAAGCUCCUUUUUCUCACCUCAACCUUCACCAUUAUAGUGUGACUUCAUUAUUUUAUAAAGUUCUAGGAAAUGAUAAAUUAUCUCCAAUCUUUGCAUUUUGUGGGAUCUGCCAAAAUUUGAGGAAAUUCUGAAGGUCAAGUUUUUUUCCACAAUACCCAGUACAUAAAUCAGCCAUUCUCUCCAUUUAAGCAGCUAUGUGUAAGUGGAAUUUUACUGAAGAGCACAUGGUCUUAGCCAUUUUUUUCUCCUCCUACAAUCUCGUUCUGCCCAUGUUUUCCUGUGCUUAGAAACCAUAAGGUGCUGAAGACUUUCGUUUUCGUUCUCUCUUAAGCUGAAGUAGUUUUCAGCUGUGCUCACUUUGGGCACGAGUUGGGGGGUUUCUGACAGUAGAAAGUUAGUAUGUAGUGUGAUUUUUUUUGUUUCUGAGGUGAACUGUGUACUUAACAGGCGGCAUACUUUUUUAUUACCAGAUUGGAAUCCAGCUGAUAUUCUUUUAUAUACUUGAUUAUACUGCUGUUGCCAAUAGGAAAACAAUAUACAAACAUUUUUAAAAACACAUUUAAAAUGAAGGGCAUUCUGCUUUUUUUUUCUUAAGUGGCAAAGUAAAUCUCAAUGUCUCAAGCCUAAAUUUAGGCAGCUACGUUUAUUAAGAUUUUUUAAUCAUAUCUGUUAGCAUGUUUAUUUGGUUUUUACUUAAAUGUUUACUUCUACUCUUAAGGUUUUCCUAAUGUGGUCUUGUUUUGCAACAUAAAUUUUAUUAAACACCAUAUAUACAUUUUCAUUCUUCUACUGCUAAAACAUGUAUUAUGUGCACUUACUAAAUUUUAAAACAUUAAAAAUUAUUUCAAGAUA